AUGGGUGUGGUGGUGCGUUUUAAUAUGGCGGCGGCAGUCUCAUACACAGAGAGCCCAGAGUUCUUGGAUUUGACAGCGCAAUCAAAUUCCAAUGCUGCCAACUGGGUAAAAUUUGUCGCUGGAUUCCAGGAUGGCACUUAUGGGUAUUUGGUGACCUACAACACUGGUCUGGUCAUUCGCUUUAGCUUGGCGAGCUAUGGAGACGUGGAGGAGAUCAGUUUGACCAACUCAAAUCCGCUGAUUGGCGGGCUGAAGGUUGGGGACACGGGCCACUUCUUCUUUGAGUCAGGAAUGUACUGGGAACAGAUGGCCUUGAUCAACAACGCGACCAGCACAGAUCAAUUUAGAGCAACCACUCCAUGGACCUCAUAUGAUGCAGUCUUUGCAGGAGAGAGCAUCUACGUCUUGGGCACGACAGGGUCGUAUUCCACGGUGAUUGCGCUUUGCCAGGACUGGAGGAAUCGACAGGAGACUUUGCGCUCGUGUAGUCAGGAGGUGUCGCAAUAUGGCUUGACCUCAUCUCUGGAAAGCUACACAAGCACGGGAAGCCAAUUCACUGAUGAUGUCCAUGUCUAUAUGCUGCCGGGUGGUGGUACGGAGGUGGUGAGGAUCGGCCUGGCACCGAAUGCAGCCAACAAUUUACAGGUCUCCUUUAUGACCAUUCCAACCUCUGGUUCCGCCACGCUCUACUUCAAUGGAGGCUUUCAUGAUGGCAACUAUGGCUAUUGGGUGCCUGGGUCUGGUUCAACGAUGGUGCUGCGCUUCGACUUGGAAACCUUCAGCUCCGGGACUUACAUGGACUUGUCCAUCUUUCCCUCUGGGUCUGAUUUUCAAGAUGGCUUCGCGAGUGAUGGUUAUGGCUACCUGCUGCCACGCAUGUACGGAGUGAUUUUUCGCUUCCUGACGUCUGACUUCACCAAUACCUCGUUGGUGGAGCAGCUGGACCUUACUCUAACAAACUCCCGCUUGAGAUCCUUUUCUGGCGGAGUCCACGAUGGUACCUAUGGCUACUUGGCACCUUACCAGGAUGACAUGUCCUCGAAUUUGGAGCUGUUGGUGCGCUUUAAGCUGGACUUCACCGAAGUGAUGACCCUGGACCUCAGCUUAGCAGACACUGAGCUGAGGGGAUUCACUGGCAUAUUCACAGACGGCACCUACGGAUACCUCUACCCAGGUGUGAACUACAAAGUGGGUCGCUUCACCCUGUCCACGAUGCUCUCUGCGGAUGUGGUCAGCCUGACAGUGGCAAUGUCAUAUUAUAUGACAGGAAUCGCAGGCAGCAGUUAUGGUUAUUUGGUGCCCAGUCCCUCUUCAAGCUCACAAGUCUCCAGAAUGGAUUUGGCCACCUUUGCCCUGGGCACGGACGCGGUAGUGGACUCUGGUGUGUCGAGUUGGUACUUCGCAGAAGGCAGCAACUACGACAUUUUCUUCCGCUCUAGUGCCAACUACUCGCGGAUCUACAAGUUCUGCGAGGUGGCGUCUUCAGCCUCGUCGUCUUGUGAUGGUCAG